AUGGCGGCUUCACACCAAGCCAGCUCCACUGGGGCUGGAUGCCAUGGUACAGACGUGGCCGAGGCCGGGAGUUCUGAAGAGAGUGCACCAGGACAGAGUCCGGCUGCUCCUUCCUGUUUCCCCACGGAGCAAUCCAGGGUGGCGUUCAUCAUCAUUCUCCUGGUUGGUCAAGCGAGAGAGUCGGGAACGGCUAUGUGGGACUGCAAGCUUGACUGUUGUGUGUCUUUGAGGCAUUUACGAGGGGAUGUGGCGUUGAGACAUCGUGUCACAUGCUGCUCCAUACGGAACCCCGGUGACGUGUUCAUGGGGAAUCCCCCCUCUACGAAUGAGCGCGAUAAUGUCCAGCACGUCAGGCGAGUGCUCCAGCAGCUGCUGGAGAAUCGUUUAUUCGUUAAGUUGGAGAAGUGUGAGUUUCACGGACAGUCGGUUCCGUUCCUGGGUUUUAUUCUCUUGCCUGAAGCGCACCUGUACAAGUGUUACGCCAUGCGGGACAGCUGUGGGAUGUGUUUGAAAGCAGAUCCUCGGUUCGACUGUGGCUGGUGUGUUCAGGAGAAGAAGUGUUCGCUGAGACAGGAGUGUGCUCCUCCGGAGAGCAUCUGGAUGCACCCCAGUGCAGGAAACAGUCGCUGUGCACAUCCCAAAAUCAACAAGCUGUUUCCUGAGACUGGACCACGGCAAGGCGGAACCAGACUCACCAUCACUGGAGAGAACCUGGGUCUGCAGUUUAGGGACAUUAUGACAGGGGUUCGGCUGGGAAAAGUACCCUGUGUUCCUAUUGAAGAGGAAUACGUUAGUGCAGAAAGGAUUGUGUGUCUUCUGAAUGAUGCCACAGGAUACCGUGUGCAGGAAGCCCAGGUGGAGGUGUGUGUAAGAGACUGCCUGGCUGACUACAGAGCCCUCUCACCCAGGGCUUUCACCUUUGUGACGCCAUACUUCGGCCGUGUCCAGCCCGCUCAGGGACCUCUUUCAGGAGGAACCAGAAUCACUAUUGAAGGAAACCAUCUCAACGCUGGCAGCUCUGUGGUGGUCAACAUUGGGCGUCACUCUUGUCACUUUAAAAAGCGGAGCUCUAAAGAGAUCGUGUGCGUGACCCCGGCCGGCGUGAUUGCGGGAAGCACUCCAGUUAUGGUGGACAUAGACUCUGCUGAGCUGAGGAACCCCGAUGUGAAGUUUAACUACACAGAGGACCCCACCAUCAUGAAGAUAGACCCGGACUGGAGCAUUGCUAGUGGUGGGACUCUGCUGACGAUCAGCGGCACCAACCUGGCCACCAUUAAAGAACCCAAGAUCCGCGCCAAGUACGGCUCAGCAGAGUCCUUCCAUAACUGCACAGUUUUCAACAACUCCGUUAUGGUCUGCCUGGCCCCAUCGGUGGCUGAUUCAGAUAGAGGCUUUGCUGAGACUGGCAGUGGACCGGAUGAGAUCGGCUUCUACAUGGAUAACGUCCAGGCCCUCGUGGUCGUCAACGAGAGCUUCAGCUACUACCCGGACCCCGUCUUUGAACCCCUCAGUCCCACAGGCAUUCUGGAGCUCAAACCAACAUCUCCCCUAAUCCUGAAGGUGCACAUCUCUUCUUUCAAGUGGUUGAUGGAUCUGUGGUUAUUGAUGUGA